UCCUGCCAGCUUCCCUCUGCCGCUGUGACGUUGGAGCCACUUUGGCUAAUUAGCUCCGUGUUUACCCGCAAAUCAUCGACUCUAAUGGGCUUUAAUUUACCACGUUUGCCGGCGUUCAUGUAGCCUACCGCUCCUCCGAAUGGCGCACAACGGCCUCCAGCGGGAAGACGCGACCGUCGACGAGGACGAGACGCCCAAGAAGCAGCCGCGCUCCAGCGCAGAGAUGCCCGGUGACCUCCGGGAAGAGCCUGGCAGCUCCGCCGCCGCGGCCGCCGGCGGAGCCGCCCCCGACCGCAGGGCCUCCAACUCGACCGCGAGGCUUCGGAGCGACUCGGUGAAGAAAACAAGGCCGCCAUUUCCCUGGUUUGGGAUGGACAUCGGUGGCACUCUGGUGAAGCUGGUGUACUUCGAGCCCAAAGACAUCACGGCGGAGGAGGAGCAGGAGGAGGUGGAGAAUCUGAAGAGCAUCCGGCGCUACCUCACGUCCAACACGGCCUACGGGAAGACGGGCAUCAGGGACGUGCACCUGGAGCUGCAGGACCUCACGCUGUGCGGCAGGACGGGCAACCUGCACUUCAUCCGCUUCCCCACGCACGACCUGCCGGCCUUCCUGCAGAUGGGCCGCAGCAAGCACUUCUCCAGCCUCCACACCACGCUGUGCGCCACCGGAGGGGGGGCGUACAAGUUCGAGUCCGAUUUCCGCACGAUGGCGGACCUGCAGCUUCACAAGCUGGAUGAGCUGGACUGUUUAAUUCGAGGGGUGUUGUACAUCGACUCGGUGGUGUCCAGCGGCCCCUCUGAGUGCUACUACUUUGAAAACCCCACAGACCCAGAUCACUGCGUCCAGAAGCCCUACACACUGGAGAACCCGUAUCCACUGCUGCUGGUCAACAUCGGGUCCGGGGUCAGCAUCCUGGCCGUCUACUCGGAGAACAACUACAAACGAGUCACAGGGACCAGCCUCGGCGGUGGGACCUUCCUGGGCCUGUGCUGCCUGCUGACCGAGUGCUCCUCUUUCGAGGAAGCCCUGGAAAUGGCUUCUCAGGGGGAGAGUACCCGUGUGGACAAGCUGGUUCGGGACAUCUAUGGAGGAGACUAUGAGAGGUUUGGACUGCCAGGCUGGGCUGUAGCCUCAAGUUUUGGAAACAUGAUGUCCAAAGAGAAGAGGGAGUCGGUGUCCAAAGCGGAUCUGGCCAGAGCAACGCUGGUCUCCAUCACCAAUAACAUCGGCUCCAUCACCAGGAUGUGUGCCCUCAAUGAGAACAUUGAGAGAGUGGUGUUUGUUGGGAACUUCCUCAGAGUGAACACCCUCUCCAUGAAGUUACUGGCCUACGCUAUGGACUACUGGUCCAAGGGCCAGCUCAAAGCUCUCUUCCUGCGCCACGAGGGUUACUUCGGAGCAGUUGGAGCCCUGUUGGAGCUUCUGCAUCCAUCCUAAUCCGUCCGAACCACAUCCAAAGAAGCACUUGUCAAUCUGCUGCAAAGACCGAUAGCACUUUAGGUCGUUCAGAAUCACUUCCCCGGUGAGAUAUCAGCAGCAACAUUUCGGUUGUGGCUGACCAGCUGUCCUGUCACGUUCUCACAAAUUAAACUGGUGACUAUGACGUCUACAUUUGGACAAGCCUCUGCUGUUGUGAACAGUUUUCUUACCCUGGUCACGGUUGCCUGCAGCUAAGUUAGGUCAGUAUGUUGUUGUUGUUGCAGAAAUCUCAAGGAAACUCACCACAACUGCCUGAAAUAAUGUUGGUCAUUAUGUAGUGUUGUGUCUGGACGUCAGUUACCUGUCAGUGGGUAUCAGGCCCCGGGUCACACGUCUGCCAGUGCUUCUUAGGGCUAUUUGACCCCAUUCUAACUACUGUCAUUGGGUUAUAAUGUGUGUGGGUGUUACGAUGCAAAGAUAAUCAACGUCUUUACACUAGAAAAGCAUGAAUAAUGCUCAUCAUUGAUUUAUCUUCAGUACUUUAUUUAUAUAAAAAAAAUUGUUUAUAAAAUGACCAGAAGUAGUGAACAAAAUAACCAAAGAACCAAAGAUGACUUCAUUUAAAAUGUUUGUUUUUGUUCUUACACCUAAAAGAAGUUUACUCUUAUCUAUGACAAAGACAACCAGGAAAUCUUCAUAUUUAAGAAACACAUUAAUUGCUUCUUCGUAACUACUUGAAUGAUUUGAAGAAUUGUCUUUGUUCAAUUCUAAAAUCAAAAUAACCGGUUCUGCCAUUCACUUCAGUUACUGUGAUUAUCAGUGUGACUCAAUCCACACAUGUGGAUCUGCUGAAGUUCACUUGAGCCACUGAGAAGUCAUAAAUCUGCAUUAUUGACUUCAUUAUGAUUUAAAAUUAGUCACUGAAUAUUCCCCAGAUUCAGGAAAAACAUUAUUUUAAUCCAGAAACUCGAUGCAUUCCUCUGAUGGAGAUUUAAAAACCCUGCGUGUCCAAACCAGUUCGGUGUGUGUGUGGAUUGUUCAGGACCUAUAUCACUUAUUCUGUUUUUGAAUUUAUUGUUGGUUUUGUCAAUUUUGUCAAUCGAUCUUCCAGAUUUUGAAGUGGCACAUAACGAAGUUGAGUCCACUUUAAUGUCACCGGUCACUCAGUCAUCGGUUCACGAUGGAUCACAGGGAGCAGAAUGAAACUUUGUUCAGUGCAACUCGUGCACAGCUCAUUUGAAAGAAAGUGCCUGUUUUUCAUUUGUUGGGAAAUGUGAUGUUAACGCCAGACACUGAUUUAUCGUUGUCAAGGUUUCCCUCUUUUUCUGUUUAUACGUUGCAAAGAAAACUUUUUGUCUCAGAUUUUAAAUUUGUUUUUGAAGGUUCUAUUAAAUUUGAGCUUUUCAUA